GUUAUUUACUACACUGCCAAGUUACAUGUAAAUCUAUUAGCUCUCUUUGGUAAAUUCGAGCACUUUAUCUACCCUACCCCAACGGUGGUCUGUUGUAGAAUGCGUCAGUGCACUUGCAUAAAAUAUGAACGUUGGCUCAAUAUCACGUCGUGUGGCAGAACUUGUUUUUCAAGACACCAGAAUUUCACCGUAGAUUUGGGUUUAUGUGUGGUCGCAGAUGGUCAACGCAUGAACGAUGCCUUUGCUACGGCGCCGAGAGUUCAAGCCCAUCAAACCUCCUCCGGACUUACGACCAGAUGAGGAGGUUUUCGUCUGCAGACUCACAAAUGAACUAUUCAGGGAUUUCAAUGAGUUCUUCAAGCGGACUAUCCUGUGUAACAGCCUAGUGUGGAGUUGUAGUCUGACAGGCAAGCCCGGCCUGACUUACCAGGAGGCCGUGGAGAGCGAAGCCAAGGCGCGCCGGUACCUGGCCAGCUUCCCUGUCUACCUGGAAGGCCCUAUCCUCUACCUGGUCACCCUCACCCAGAGGGGCCGUCUGGCCGAUCUGUGUGACGAUGUCUUCGUCUUUGCCCGGGACCGUUACUUCAUUGGGGAGAUCGUGGAUGUCUCGCACAAGGGGAUGAGGGAGACGUGCAGAGUGGUUGGGGUGAUUCCGCCUGCUGGAGGGAGUGAGUUUACCAAUGGGGAAGCCAGCGAUAGUGAUGAUGUCAUCAUUAUUGACGAUGAUGGCCAGGAAAAGGUCCUCAAGAUGGGUGAGCCCAAGACAAGCAAUCAGACUGGUCCACCUCAAACUCCAGAGUCAAGUGAGUACCGCUACCAAGUCAUGUCUCUCCAGGGUAAUGGGACUUACGAAGUGGACUACAAAAAUAUCGGGAGGAAGAAAGGCCUGUAUACAAGAGAGAAGAACAAGUUAUUUUUGAAGCAGCACUGUGCCAUUGUUAACCAUGUGUGGUGUGUGAAGCGCGAAUACAAAGCCAAGUACAAGCUGGCCGAGAAGAGCUUCCACGAUUUCUACGGUGGACCACCUCCCCUGUUUGUCUUCUCCCCCGGAAAGAGAACCUGGAAGUGCAGCACGGAGCUGGAAUCCUCCGGGGAUGAAGACGACGAUCUUCCCUUGUGUGAAGUCAAGAAAAAGGCUCAAGCCAAGCAGGUUAAAGAUGCCAAGCCAGAAGCAAAGGCCAAGCAGAAGACAUCACCCCCGGCUGAGCCGAAGAAGCCCAAGCUGACCAUGGAGGAGAAGGAGGCCAUCCGAGAGAGGAUACGGCAGGAGAAGCAGCUGAUCAAGGAGCAGUUGCUCAAGGAGCGAGCGCGGGCUAAGGAGCUGCUGAGGAUGCAGAAGCUGGAGGAGAAGGAAGCCAGGAAGGAGCAGAUGAGGAAAGUGAUGGAGGAGGACAGGCUCAAGAAAAUCAGGGAACGAGAAGUUAUGCGAGAGGAGAAACGCCUACAGGACGAGCACAGGAGGGAAUUUAACCGCAUGAGAGAUGAUCUAGAAUGCGAUGAUCUCAAGGAUCUACCAUGGCCAUCACCUGUCAACAUGAAGUUGCCUCAGGAAUUAUUUGGUGAUGUUGUGGUGGUGUUGGAGUUUAUCUAUCAUUUUAAGGAUUACCUGGGCUUUAGCGAAGAGUUUCCAAAUGGCGUCACGCUCGAUCAAAUUGAAGAUGCGUUGCUCAGCAACAAGGUGGAUGGGAUGUACUAUGACCUGGUCAACAGUCUCCUGUCGGCCAUCUUCAGGAUGCAGGAAGAGGAGGAAGAGGAUGAGAAGGUGGAUCUGAAGGAACAGCAGCAUCACGCUCCGUCCGCUGACCUGGCUGAAGCAUUGUGUGACGAUGACCCAACAUACACUGCAAUGACCAAAGCCGCCACAUCGGCGUUAGUCUGGCCUCAGAUACAUCAAGGUACACUGCUGCGCCAGCUGCCGGUCGAUUCCACCACCAUCUCCGAAGUCCUGCGCCUGCACUUCUUGUCCUCAGGCGCCCGCACGUCGUCUGAGAACACCAAGUGGCGGUACCAGCAGCGAGGUGGGUUCAUUCCCCACGACGACCCUGGCCUGGAGUUCCGCAUGCAGGACCCCGACAUCCUCAGAACCCUCACCACCGGCAACAUGUUUGACCUUCCUCCUGCGUCCAAGUUGAAGAUACUUAUGUCGCUGUGCGGCCAGCUCUUGACCUAUGUGACCAUGAGGGAUAUCAUUGAGGAGAGCUUAGAAACCUUCCAGACAUCUCGAAAGGAAUGGCGAGAGCUCGUCAGGCAAGAGCAUCGCAGAGAGAGGGAGGACGCAGCUGCCAAGUGGAAGCGGCGACUGGAGGAGCGAGCAUUGGAGAAAGAGCAUGAGAGAUUGAGACGGGAGCAGAGAGAUCGAGAGCGCGAAGCGCAGCUGCGUCAAGACCAACUGGCCAGUGCCGAGGCAGAAAUUAUCAACCUGGACAGCAGUUCAGAGACGGAGGACAUGGAUCAGGCCAGUAGACCGGCCCAGAAGAACGGCCAAAAGACAGAGGAUGAAGCAGAGCUUGCAGACAUCAAUGCCAGGCUGGAAAACCUGAAGCCACUGCCCACGCAGGAAGAGCUGGAUGCCCGACAGAAAAGGGAGGAGGAAGAAAACGCAGCCCUCAAAGCAGAAUUCCACAAGAAGAAUCGGGAGUACCGCCUGGAGAUGGCCGAAGCAGCCACACGCUACAGCAUUAUGCCACUGGGGGAAGACAGGAUAUACCGUCGCUUCUGGCUGUUCAGCGCCAUCCAAGGAUUAUUCGUGGAGCAUGAUCCGUCCCACCUUGGUGACAUAGACCUCAACCCUGUUCCUCAACGAGUGGAGAGCAAGCCGGCUUUGCCUGUUGUAGGCUUACCAGAAGUCAAGCAGGAUAAUGUGGAGUGUGAUAAGGAUCAGGAUACAUCCACUAGCAGUAACAAAGAGAACAUUGACCUGGAGGUUGUAAACGGGGUGAUGGAAACGGGACCGACGGCGCAGCAGCAAGAGAGGCUGGUCAAGGAGCCCCUCCUGGUCAACGGCGUCAUACAAGAGGCCAAGCAGGAACCCCAGGAAGAGCCGGACCCUUGCAUGCUGCGCAGGAAGCACAGCAGCUGGGCUUUCUACAGUACUCCCCAAGAGCUGGAGGACUUGCUGGCUGCGCUGAAUCGCCGCGGGUUCCGGGAGAAGGCCCUCCAGGAGGCCAUCCUCCAUGAGAAGAUGCGGAUCGAGGAGUCGCUGGAGGUGGUCCCCACCAAGGCCCUGAACAGUUCAGAGAAGGAGGACACAGCAGAAGGGGUGGAGGCGGAGAAAGACACCAAGCAGAAUGGGGUCUCCCGGCAGGUGGUUGUCAAGAUGAACAGUGGCAAGAAGGGCCUUGUGUCAGACAAGGCCAACGGGGAGGAAGCGUUGGAGUUACUUCUCAGGGAACAGAUACUAGAUGUUGAGGAAAGAGUCUGGAAUGGCAGCCUGGGCAUUAUUAAGUGCCAGCAGAUCAGCUGGGGGCCGCUCUACGCCCGGUCCUUCCUGGACGACAAGGAUUUCCUCAACAUGUCCAUGCCGGACCUGCCCAAACUGGAAGACGAAGGGGCACCGGCCCAGGCAAAGAAGCACAGCAGACUAGCUGAGCUUCAGCGGGCUGAUGCCACUGGGUCGCCUUCCUCCACCCGUUGCAGCACCCCAAUGAACUCUAUGGACAACGUGGUCAGAGACCUGGCCUGUGCCUUACUUCAGGUGUCUCAGGGAAUCGAUGCCAAAUACUUGAAAGCUCCCCUCGGGGUGGAGGAUACUGGACGCUAUGCAGGCAUCAGAAAGAGCAAGAGGAUGCAAGAGAAGUUGGAAGGAAAGAAAGAAGAGAGCGGAGACGAAGACGAAGAUGACAAGAAGCCGCGCAAGACGUGCCGGGAAUGCUGGGAGGAGUCCCUGAUGGCCGUCACCAGCCUCUCCCAGAUCUUCCUGCACCUGUCCACCCUGGAGCGCUCCAUCAUCUGGGCCAAGUCCAUCCUGAAUGCCCGCUGCCGCAUCUGCCGGCGCAAGGGCGAUGCUGAGCAGAUGCUGCUGUGCGACGGCUGCGACCGUGGCUUGCACAUGUACUGCCUGAAGCCACCCCUCAAGAAAGUACCUCAGGGGGAAUGGUACUGCAAAGACUGCACACCCAAAGAGCGAAGUCCAAGGAAGCAACGUAGGACAGCGAUGGAGAAGAAGAAACAGGAAGAAGAGGAAGAAGACGAGGAAGAGGAGGAUUCCUCCGAGGAGGAAUCUUCAGAGGAGGAGGAAGAAGAGCAAGCAUCAUCUGACGAGGAAGAGGAAGAAAGUGAAGAGGAAGAAAGUGAAGAGGAAGAAAGUGAAGAGGAAGAAGAGGAGGAGGACAUGAAGGAGGAAGAUGAGGAUGCCGAAGGAAGCGAAGAAGAGGCCAGCGAUGUCGAGAUGGAGAGUGAUGACGAAGACAUUGACCACCUUGACAUCUGUGGGGGCUGUGGGCACGGGGGCGAGAUGGUCCUCUGUCGUAAAUGCCCCUGCGCCUACCACGCAGAGUGCUUGCAGCCGCCCCGCCACAAACCUCCCCAGGCGAAAUGGCUCUGUCCAGCCUGUUCUCUAAAGCGAAGGCCCAACGGGGCCUCUGGGAGUGAUGCCCAUGACGACACCUGUACAAACUGUGGCCAUGGCGGGGAGCUGAUCUGCUGCGACACGUGCCCCAAGGCCUUCCACAUGGAGUGCUGCAAGCCGCCAUUGGCCCGCGUGCCCAAGGGUCAGUGGAGUUGUGAAGUGUGCAAGAAGGCCUCAGUUAAACAGUCGAAGAAUCAGCGAUCGAACAAAACAAAGGAGAGUCUAGCCUCUGCUGCUAGGAGCUCCAACAAGGAAUCAAGACCUAAGGGAGGGGCCAGCUCUAAGAACUCCACCCAUAAGGGUGCCUCACCCAAGGAUGCCACACCCAAGGUAUCUGCCUCAAAGAACCCUCCCAAAAUGGCAUCGAAAGGAGGCAAGUCGCAGGCCAAGAUGCCGGCGAGCGGAAAGGGCAAGGCGGCAUCAGCAAAGACGCCCCAAGAGGCCAAGCCUUCCAGGAGCCAGGCAGAAGGGCGGAGCAGCAGGAGGCAGUCGGCAGACUCGCGGUCCUCUACCCCGGACGUGGAUGCUGGGAAGCUGAAUAUGAUGAAGGGCGUCAAGGUAGUGCUGACGGCAAUAAACGGAGGGGGCAAAAGGUUGCAGCGAUCAAGGAGCCAGUCGCUCGAUGAAGGUUCAGCAUCCGAGGAUUCAGGGCCCUCAUCGACGUACCGCAGGCAGUCUUCCAGCGGGCGCGGCAGCCAAGAAAUGAGGCAGCUGCACCUGUGCGAGGAGCUCCUGAAGGAGUUGGUCAAGCAUCCAGAGUCCAGACCCUUCCUCUCAGCGGUCAGCAAGAAGGCAGUGCCCGACUACUACAAGAUCAUCAAGCGUCCAAUGGACUUCGCCAGCAUGCAGACUAAAGUCAACGCCAUGGAGUACCGCACGGCCACCGAGUUUGUCGCCGAUGUUCAGCUGAUCUUCACCAACUGCCAGCAGUACAACCAGCCCUGGAGCGACACCUACAAGUCAGGCACCAAGCUCAGGACAUUCUUUGAGAAGCGGCUGAAGGAGAUGGGCAUUGGCGUCGCCGGCGGCAAGGAGGGCAGAGGAAAGGACUCGCCGUCAAAGAAAGAGCAGCCGCCCAAGAAGAAACCCAGACGGAGAUAAGAAUUAAGGACUCCUCAGAAUCAGGGCCAUGAAACGCUCAGAAGGCAAACGCUCUGUGUGCUGCAGUUCUUGCACAAGUGUGACUCAUAGGAUCACUUCACUUGAGUUGCUGACAGAUGAAGACAUUCAAAAUGUUGGCGACUCGUCAUUUCACGUUACCACGUGCGGAAGUAGGGUUGCUGCAUGCAAAAAUGGGAAAAGGCACUCCAAGGGCAUUUUCUUUUUCAGGUCAAGUCUGUAAUCUUUGCUCGUUAACCGUACUUGGCCUUCUUAUGAAGUAUUUCAGUUGUAACAUGACUUUUUGCUUGUGUAGAAAAGAUAUGAAGGUUAUAUGAAAAGGUAGUAGAGCUAUACACUGUACAUUCCCGUUAGGUUUGGUCCAUCCAUUUUUUUUUUCACUGAUGUACAAGUAUUAUGUAGUAAAUUUUUGAAUCACGUUCUUAAAUUCUAAAAUGGAAUGGGGCAGUUUAUGGAUGCCACCAAAAAUUCACUUUCAAGCACUGGUUAUCUAGUGAAUAACAUAGAAACUGCAAUCACCAACCAUAAUGUGAAAUACAUAUAUUAUGUACCAUUUAAGAAAAUGUUUUCAUCUUGAUUGUUUUUGUACGGGAAUACAUUCUCCAGAACGUGCUAUGUACUACUGACCAAAAUAAUUUGUGUGUAAGAGACACUGUUUUCAUCUGGUUUGGCAAAGUUUUUCCAGCCACUGUUAAUUCAGUUGUCGGAAAAUGGUUCAUUUGUGUUAACAGGGAUAAUUAAAGGCAGCCUAGCAAUGGCUCUUCUGAAUAAAUAGCGCCCUCUAUAAGCUAGGCAUUGUGGACAUGCACACUGCUGGGAAGCCAUUUUGAUCAAUUUCCAAAGGUAGAAUGGCAUUUAGAGGCAAAUUGCUUGAGUGUCAGCCCAAAGGAGACUUUGGAGAUAUUUGGUGGUGGUAAGCACAGCGUUCCCUACUGACGGGCUCGCUGUCAUUGGCAUCACGUGGGACUGGUAUGUUUGUCCCCACCAAGCAUCUCAAAAAGCAUCCCGUUGGAUUUGCAGACUCAAAUGUACUGGUGACAUGAGUCGUGAUGUAUCGAGCGAAAACAUCCUUAGUAAAGAUUUAAACCAUCUACUGCAUUGACUGUGAAAUUUGAUGCACAGAAGAGUGAUAAAGCCAGAUUUAAAAUGUUUAGUCAAAAAAUGAAUACUUAAGGUGGUGAUUUACUGUGUUUCUUGGAACAGAUGGUAGUUCCCUUGUAAACCAAGAUUAUCCAAGCACUUCUGUUCCUAAGUUGUAAGAAUUUCUAAACAUUUUUGAACUUGUAAUAUAACUAUUUAUCUCAAUUUUUGUAUUGUUCAUCUAAAAAGUGUAUUAAAUUCUGACAGCAGUUAUGAGAAAGGGUUAUUAAAGACGAGUAAUAUUAAAGUUAACAAAUAGUGUUCAAUAAGUAUUAACAGGUGUUAUCACAAACAUUUUGUUCACAAACAUGAUGCAACAACUUUCAGGUAAUUUGUUACAUAUCAGUUUUGGGUGUGCAAGAUUCUCAUUUUGGAUUUUUGUUCUCUUAUUUUUCCUUUUUUUGGGGGGGGGCUGGGGUUUUUGGUUUUUUUUUUUUUGUGGUAUAUUCAUAUUUAGUUUUUUUUUUUUUACUUUUUCCUGGGGUUUUUGCAUUUCUAAAGUCACAUACUACUCCUUUGUUUCCUUAGCUUGACAAGAUAGGCAUAGGAAUGGGGAAACACAAAUUGUAGGAGUUUAAAAUGGAACCAAAAAUGAACUAGCACUUGGAACAAAAUGGAACAAAUAAGUAAAACAAGAAAAGGGUCGGUUGAAUUUCAUAGAGCUGCUAAGCAGAAAAUGAGUAUCAGUCACAAGCCAAGUACAACACAUGACAUUUUAGCCAGUAACUGGUUAUUGCCGAGUAGAUAUUUUGUUCACCAAGUGACUUUUCAUGCAGCUCUAUCAAAGCACCAAAUUUUUCAUGGAAAGGUACAUGGGAAUGUGGAUUAUUUUUCUGGCACUAAUCUAGUCCUUUCCUUUGUGAUAUCCAUGUUGAGAUUUUCAUUGUAGUAAAAUCAUGGAAGUUGGUAGAAGAGAACUCUGGUAAACUUCUUACAAAAACUGGGAGGAAUCUGAAAGUUGCAUACCAAAGUGCAGUUGGUAAGGAGAUAUCCCUGUAUUGUGACUAGAUGAAACAGUUUGGGUUAAUACACUGUAUUGUCAUUUAAACAUUAUUUCACAUUUCUUGUUCAUUCUUAUCUUUUUUUUUUUACUUUCUUUUCUGUUUCAGGCAAGUUAUUGAAGUAGUCUUUUAUAAAACGGAGUACAUGACUCUUGAAAGAGAAGCAGUUUAAUUUAGUUUGCCUCACUAUGUAAAUAAAGAGCGAUUAAAGGUGUCUUCUGUUUCCAUAAACUA